AGUUAAAUUUUCUAUUCAAAAAAAAAAGAAAAAGCUAAGUUUUUUGGUCAAAGAAAGAAAGAGUAAUUAAAUCCUAAUCUUCAUGUAUAUAUAGAUGACAUCCAUAAAAAUCAUCAAAUAGGUAAAAUCAUUGAAGCAAGGUAAUUAAGAGUACAAGAGUGGAGACAAAGGAAGAUCCAAAUGCAAAUGAAUCAAGGAUCCAAAUCCAAUGACAUGUUGUUCUUCUCAAGUUUCUCCAAACAAACAGUACUACGUUUAUUUUUUGUUUGUCUUUUGUUUAUGUCAAGUUUGAAGGUUGAAACGGUCAACACAACAACAUUAGACCCAAAAAAAUCCUAUCCAUUAAUAUCUCAAUCUAAUGUUCCCCAAAUUCAUAAGUACGAAGUUUUUGUUAGCUUUAGGGGUCCAGAUAUCCGUGAAGUUUUUCUUGGUCAUUUAGUUAAAGAAUUUAAUCAAAAGAAAAUCGUUGCCUUCAUAGAUGAGAAACUUAAACAAGGAGAUGAAAUAGGGCAAUCACUUUUUGAAGCAAUUGAAACAUCUUUGAUUUCUGUAGUCAUAUUCUCUCCGAACUAUGCUUCUUCGGAGUGGUGUUUGGAUGAACUUGUGAAAAUUAUUGAGUGUAGAGAGAAAGAUGGACAGAUUGUGUUGCCUGUUUUCUACAAAGUGGACCCCACAAAUGUAAGGCAUCAAGAUGGAGUUUAUGCAGAUGCAUUUGAUGAACAUGAAACAAAGCAUGGUAAUGCUAGCAAUAAUGUCCUUGGUUGGAGAUAUGCUUUGAAGAAAUCUGGAAAUAUCGCAGGUUUUCAUUCAUUAAAAUUUUGGAAUGAUGCAGAGCUUGUAGAAAAAAUAGUUGAUUAUGUGUUGAGGAGGUUGGGUCAAGUGCGUUCAGUGAAUUCACAAAAACUUAUAGGAAUUGAAAAACAUAUUUCAAAGGUGGAAUCAUUGUUACAAGUACACUCACGAGAUGUUAGAGCUAUUGGAAUAUGGGGGAUGGGUGGUAUUGGCAAAACAACAAUUGCACAAGAAGUAUAUAGCAGACUUUGUUCUGAAUAUGAAGGUUGUUACUUUAAGGCUAAUGUAAGAGAAGUUUGUGGAAGAGUUGUUGAUAUUAUUUCUUUAAAGAAAGAUCUUUUUUCAACACUUUUAGAUGAAAACAACUCUAAAAUUGACAUUCCAUAUGGUUUGCACUAUUCUGUUGAGAGAAGGAUUCGUAGAAUGAAGGUUCUUGUUGUUCUUGAUGAUAUCAGUUCUCCACAACAACUUGAAAUUUUAAUUGGAUCACUUGAUUUGUUUGGACCUGGAAGUAGAAUCAUCUUAACUACUAGAAAUAAACAAGUACUUGCCAAUUGGGUUGUUGAAAAAGAUAUCUACAAGGUUAAACCAUUGGAUUUUGAUGACUCUUUUCGUCUUUUCACUUUGAAUGCAUUUGGAAAUAAAGAUCUUCAAAAAGAUUAUCAUGAUUUGUCCAAGAAGGUGGUCAAGUAUGCUCAAGGAAUUCCAAUUGUUCUUCAUGUUUUGGCUCAUCAUCUUAAGGGAAAAGAUAAAAAAAUAUGGGAAGGUCAGUUACAAAGUCUUACUAAAAAACCAAUUCCAGAAGUUCAUGAUGUUGUUAGAUUGAGUUAUAGUGAUCUUGAUCGUGAUGAGAAGAAUGUACUUUUGGACAUUGCUUUCUUUUUUGAUGGAUUGCAUCUCAAAGUUAACCAAAUCAAGUCACUGGUGAAAGCUCAUGGUUAUUCAGUGGAUGUGGAGUUGGAAAAUCUGAAAAAUAAAGCUCUUAUAACUAUUUCUCCUGAUAAUGUUGUAUCCAUGCAUAGCAUUAUACAAGAAACAGCUUGGGAAAUUGUUCGUGAAGAAUCUUUUGACAAUCCUGGAAUUCGAAGUCGAUUACUGAAUCCUGACGACAUUUAUAAAGUACUAAACAAUGAUAAGGGGAGUGAGACGAUUAGAAGCAUAGCUAUUGACUUGACGACUAUUAAGAAGAUGCAGAUAAACCCUCAUGUGUUUGAUAAGAUGAAGAAACUACAAUAUCUAGAUAUAUAUAGUAAAGGAUAUUGUUGUGUGUUUCUUCAAAAUCGUCAAAGCUUCUAUCUUCCUCAAGGGCUUGAAUCAUUGCCAAAUGAACUAAGAUAUCUUAGGUGGGCACAUUACCCUUUGGAGUCCUUACCAUCUAAGUUUAAUGGAGAGAAACUUGUUGUGUUGAACUUGCAGUACAGCCAAGUGAAAAAACUUUGGUAUAAACAGAAGGAUCUUAAGAAUUUAAAGUAUCUUAUACUCAGUUUAUCCUCACAUCUAUUGGAGCUUCCAGAUUUGUCAAAGGCUACAAAUCUAGCAGUAAUUGAUCUUCGUCUAUGUACAGGGUUAACUAGUGUACAUCCAUCAGUGUUUUCUCUUAACAAGCUUGACAAACUGGAUCUAGGAGGAUGUUUUUCUCUAACAAGCCUCAGAACCAACAUUCGUUUAACCUCCCUUCGUUAUCUAUCACUUGCAGGUUGCAUUGCACUCAAUGAUUUCUCAGUUAUCUCAACUAAUAUGAUAAAGUUGAAUUUAGAACAUACUGGUAUUAAACAACUACCCUCCUCAAUUGGACUUCAAACAAAACUUGAAAAGUUGCUUCUUGCACACAGUUACAUUAAGAAACUACCUCAAAGCAUCAAACAUUUGUCAAGACUGCAACAUCUUGACGUGCAUCAUUGCAGAGAACUUCAAAGUAUACCAGAGCUCCCUUCAUCGCUAAAAACACUAGAUGCAAGUGGUUGUGUAUCAUUAGAGACUGUAAUUUUCCCUUCAACUGCUAUUGAACAACAGAAGGAAAACAAGACAAAAGUUACUUUCUGGAAUUGCCUGAAACUUGAUCAAGAUUCUCUUAAGGCAAUAGAGUUGAAUGCACAAAUUAACAUGAUGAAUUUUGCAUACAACCACCACAUAGCCACAUCUGGAGAUCAAGAUUAUGAUGGUAAAGGUAAAGGAACAUAUGUAUAUCCAGGAAGUAGUGUACCAGAAUGGUUGGUAUACAAAACAACACGUGAUUACAUGACUAUUGAUCUAACUUUUGUGAACCAUACAACUCCAUUGGCCUUCAUUUUUUGCUUCAUUGUUCCACAAGUUGAAUCACAUGGUUUCAAUUUGAUAUUUAAUAUUAGUGCUGGUGAAGGUGAAAGUUACCAAGUUUCUUUGGAUAGACCAAGUAUUGGAAUUAAAUCUGAUCAUGUGUAUCUAACGUGUGACAGAGGUUUGUCUAACUAUCUAAAUAGUAGACUCAAACAUUUGUCAAAGUUGGACAUUAAGGUUACUGCAGUAUCACAAACACCAACGAAUGGCCAAGUAUCAUUGAUGUUGUUGAAAGGGGUUGGGAUCAGCCCAAUAAACUUCUCACAAUAUCUCAGUUUCAUUCAACAGAUCAAAAUGCCUCAAGGUUCAACUAUCCCAGUUUCUACAUGGAGUGAUGUAGUUAAUAAACUUUUAUUUAUAAUUUUCGUGGGAUUUGUCAUAAAGUUCGGUUUUUUAGAUUAAUAAUGUUUCUUUUUUAUAUAGUGUCGUAAUAUUACUUUUUUAAUUAAAUGCAACUGUUAAGUGUUAGUAUGUUGUUGUAGAUGUCUCGUUCAUCAAUUGUGUGUGCCUUGUUAUGGGGGGUAUAUAUGAUACAUGUAUUUUAAUACCUGUAUUGUCUUUGUAGGUCACAUAGUCGCAUAUAAUAUGUUGUCUUUUUGUCGCAUUUUCUUAGUACCGAUUAAUAAAUUGUUUGACUUUAAAAUAAAA